UAUUAUGCAAAAAGUAGAAAGGUUAGCUAGAAAUUGAAAAUAGAGAUUUUAUAACCCGUCAAUAAUUUAUAAUGGAUAACGAAUCCACACCGCAAAUAAUAACUCAUAUAGAGCAUAAUCUAAAUCACUGUUUAUUUGAUGUUAAAUGGGUUCCAUGUUCGGCAAAGUUUGUUGUUAUUGGCUCGUUGCCCAAAGGCACUGGCACUCUAGAAAUAUUUGAAAUUACUUCUGGGGAACUUACGAAGGUUAAGGAAAUCGAGAGGCCUACUUCGUUCAAAUGCGGUACGUUCGGAGCAAGCAGUGAUGUGGAACGGCGUCUUGCAACUGGUGAUUUUAAGGGUGCUUUAGAAAUAUGGGAUUUAGAGAAAAGUUGUCAAGUUUACAUUACCAAAGAGCAUACAGAUAUUAUAAAUUCAAUUGAUGGAAUGGGUGGGAACAUAGUUAACUGUGGUGCCCCUGAAAUUGUCACUGGCAGUAGAGAUGGUACAGUAAAAGUAUGGGAUCCACGGCAAAGGGGAAAACCUGUGGCCAACAUGCAACCAGCGCAAGGUGAAGUAAGACGUGACUGUUGGGCAGUGGCUUUUGGUAACUCCUUCAAUGACGCGGAGAGAAUAGUUGUAGCUGGCUACGACAAUGGUGAUCUGAAAAUGUUUGAUCUGCGCACUAUGUCGCUGAGAUGGGAGUGUAAUUUGAAAAAUGGGGUUUGCUUCGCUGAAUUCGAUCGUAAAGACAUUCCAAUGAAUAAAUUAGUAGCAACAACUUUAGAAGGAAAAUUCCACGUAUUUGAUGUGCGAACACAAAAUCCUGCGAAAGGUUUUGCUCAGGUUUUGGACAAUUCCUCAAAAAGUGGGACAAUUUGGGUAGCGCGACAUUUACCUCAGAAUAGAGAUGUUUUUAUCACAUGCGCAGGCAACGGGCAUGUUUCACUAUGGAAAUACCAAUAUCCUGAGCAGAGGUUCCACGUAGACUCAAAAGGCGUAGCUGUCGGCAUUCCGGGCAAGCUCAACCGGUUACAGCGAAUGGUGAUCAGCUCGCAGCCCAUCAACGCUUUGGAGUGGAACCGCGACCAUACAGGCCUGGCUGUAGCGACGGCCUACGACCAAUACGUCAGAGUUCUUGUUACUACUAAGCUUAAUUUACUAUAAGUUACUAUUACUAUAAUAUACUUACGCAUCCAUACGUUUUCUUCAACGCCCAGCCUAACCAUUCUGCACGGCUAGCAUGGGCAGGAGACAUUUUUCUGCCCGGAGAAAGGACAAAAUCUUAUCUUCUCCCACAGUUUUAUCAACUCUCCGAGCAUUGGUGGUAUCCAAAUAAUAAGUGUAAUAAUAAACGGAGGUUAACUUUUGUUACCCGUUGCCGUACUUUGGCAGGUGGACAAAUAAUUUUAUUCCCCUGUCAGUGGAUAUGAUUUUUAUCUUCAGCAAAUCCAAAUAAUGUGUGUAAUAAAUAAACGGGGUAAAGAUCUUCUUUACCACGUUCCCGUGCUUUAGCAGGUGGACACGUUAAUUAUAUUCCUUGUCAGGGGAUAUAAUUUUUAUCUCCUGCUUGUUACAGCCGUGCUGACGUAGGCGGGUGCUUGUGGAAACAAUUUGACAUAAUAAAACGCAUAUUAUGAGUUUUGAUCUGUCCGUCGCAACUAUUGCGUUUUAAUCUUAUACGGAAUGAAUUCGAUUUAUUGCGGUUUCUAUAAUCUUGAACGCAAAUAUAAAUAAAUAAUUCCAGUUAAGUUAUUAACUCGCUGAAUACUAUUAUUUUUGUUAUUUUGUAUUUCUUUAUAAAUACAAUCUCAUCUGGUGGUAAGCGAAGAUGCUGUUGGAGAUAGUAGGGAGCAAUACCAUCAGGGGUCCGUCAGUAGUCUAGGCAAAGGGAACUCAGUAUUGUGUUCCUUAUUAAGGUAUGCAAAUUUAGGGAGAUUUAUUUAUUAUUUUCGUAUAGUAUACCAUUUAUUUGGUUUCAUAUAAGUCACAACGAACGUUAUGCUCAAUCUUAAAGUAAACAAUAAUUUCUGCACCAUUACCACUCACGAUAUGUAGGAAAGCUUUCGAAAUUAUUAACUUGCGUUUAAUGGUCAUGCGAUAAUUCAAAGGAGCCAUAAAGUUCGGUGAAAUCGUGUUGGCACCGUCAGUGUUAUAAGAAAUAAAACAACCCAUGAAUUUUCUAAC